CUUUGUCCCGUGGUGCCAAGGAGCGACAGCAGAGUUUUAGGUGGGGGGGGGGGGAAGUUUUAAGCCUUAUAAAGGCCACCUGGGUGGCUGUGCAGGGCAGUGGGAGGCCUGCCCCUCCCAAGACCAGCAAGAAGAAAGCCCAUCAUUAUACGAGGGGACCCCACAGACAAAGCCACUGUGUGAAAUUGCCGAACGUGAUUCAUUGCUUUCCUCUUGGUGGAUGUGCGAGGACCUGGGCUAGAAGCAUGUGGCGUGUCCCGCGAGGCUGGAGGGUAGGGCGCCUGAGACCCUGGGGAGCCGAGGGGCGGAAGCAGCCCCCCAGCGUCCGCGCACUGGCCAGCGUGGGCUCCCGGAGCGGGGACGAAUACAGUCACGUGGUGGUGGGUGCGGGCUCCGCGGGCUGCGUGCUGGCGCGGCGGCUCACUGAGGACCCCGACAAGCGCGUGCUGCUGCUGGAGGCCGGGCCCAAGGACGUGCUGGCGGGGAGCAAGCGGCUCUUGUGGAAGAUCCACAUGCCCGCGGCCCUGGUGGCCAACCUGUGCGAUGACAGGUACAACUGGUGCUACCACACGGAGCCGCAGCCGGGCCUCGACGGCCGGGUGCUGUACUGGCCGCGCGGCCGGGUCUGGGGGGGCUCGUCGUCGCUCAACGCCAUGGUCUACAUCCGCGGCCACGCGGAAGACUACAACCGCUGGCAGCGGGAAGGCGCCGCGGGCUGGGACUACGCGCACUGCCUGCCCUACUUCCGCAAGGCGCAGAGCCACGAGCUGGGCGCCGGCACGUACCGCGGCGGCCAGGGCCCCCUGCACGUGUCCCGGGGCAAGACCAACCACCCGCUGCACCACGCCUUCCUGGAGGCGGCGCAGCAGGCCGGCUACCCGCUCACUGAGGACAUGAACGGCUUCCAGCAAGAAGGCUUCGGGUGGAUGGACAUGACCAUCCACCAAGGCAAGCGCUGGAGCGCCGCGUGCGCAUACCUGCACCCGGCACUGGGCCGCCCCAACCUCACAGCCGAGGCGCAGACGCUCGUGCACAGGGUGCUGUUCGAGGGUACCCGCGCCGUGGGUGUGGAGUACGUCAAGAACGGCCAGAGCCACAGGGUUUACGCCGGCGCGGAGGUGAUUCUGAGCGGGGGUGCCAUCAACUCUCCACAGCUGCUCAUGCUCUCAGGCGUCGGCAACGCGGAUGACCUCCGCAAGCUGGGCAUCCCGGUGGUGUGCCACCUGCCCGGGGUGGGCCAGAACCUGCAAGACCACCUGGAGGUGUACAUCCAGCAGGCCUGCACCCGCCCCAUCACCCUGCACUCGGCGCAGAAGCCCUUGAGGAAAGUCCGGAUUGGUCUGGAGUGGCUCUGGAAGUUCACAGGGGAUGGGGCCACGGCGCACCUGGAAACAGGUGGGUUCAUCCGGAGCCGGCCUGGGGUCCCUCACCCGGACAUCCAGUUCCAUUUCCUGCCGUCCCAAGUGAUAGACCAUGGCCGGGUCCCCACCCAGCAGGAGGCUUACCAGGUGCACGUGGGGACCAUGCGGGGCACGAGUGUGGGAUGGCUUAAACUGAGAAGUGCCAACCCCCAGGACCACCCUGUGAUUCAGCCCAACUACUUGACAACAGAAACCGACAUUCACGACUUCCGACAGUGUGUGAAGCUGACCAGAGAAAUUUUUGCCCAGAAAGCCCUGGCGCCAUUCCGGGGGAAGGAGCUCCAGCCGGGAAGCAACGUGCAGUCAGAUGAGGAGAUCGAUGCCUUCGUGAGGGCGAAGGCCGACAGCGCCUACCACCCCUCCUGCACCUGCAAGAUGGGCCAGCCCUCUGAUCCCAUGGCCGUGGUGGAUCCACAGACCAGGGUGCUUGGGGUGCAGAACCUCAGGGUGGUCGACGCUUCCAUCAUGCCCAGCGUGAUCAGUGGCAACCUGAACGCCCCCACCAUCAUGAUCGCAGAGAAAGCAGCAGACAUCAUCAGGGGGCAGCCUGCACUCUGGGACAAGGACGUCCCUGUCUACAAGCCUGGGACCCUGGCCACCCAGCGCUGAGAUGGUCCCUGCCCAAGAAGCCUCCUGCCAAGCCAAGAGGGGAAUCCCUGCCAAGGUAACUUGACAAAGUCGGCAUGAUUCCUUGAACAGAAAAGGAAGCCUUGGUGGGUCUCGUGGUCCAAAAGUGGGUUUUCAUCAGGCAGUACAACCGGAGUGUGAGUACGUUCUAAUGAAAACUUCAGCCCUCAUUCAGUUGCAUAUAAAAGCCCUCAAGGAGAACACACAGUACAGCAGUGUUGUGUAAAAAGGCAACAAUACGACCCGGACAGACCCAGCGUUCUAAUCCUGCAGAUCAUCGCUUUGCCCCUCCGCGCCCCCUCCCAGCACCCCUGUUCAGGACAAGGACCAGCAGCGAUCCUCAGGGAGCAAGAGCAGAGGAACUCCAUCCACCUGUGCCAUCAUUUCUACACCAGAGAUGCAAAAGAGGUCUUGUGGGGGCAGCAGAGGUGCAGCUGUGAAUGCCACAGGUCAGAGUAACCAGCUCGACCGACAGGAUGAGCUUAUCGGAGGCUCAGUAAAGUCAAAGACCGCCGCGACCCAUGGUGGACCAAAGGUACGCUAUCAAAUCCCGGAACUCCUGCCCGAAGCAAAGGCUGUAAAUCAUCAUCUGGUAUAUCUCGUGUAAAGGUAGAUUUAGAGUGACUCAAAAUAUUUUUAGAAAAAAAUCUCUAUAGUCCCGAGUUCUUUUGAACUUAAAAUUUCAUCCCCAGAAGAUUUUCACGGAAUAAAUGAGAAUUGGCUGUUUCUUCUA